CUAUACUAAGUAUAUAAACAAGAACAAGAGGACACCCCUCCAUAAUCCAUACACAUUAGGUGAGUCAGCGUGUGUAAGAGAUUGAACGACAGAUGAAGCAUUUUGCUUUAGCAUUUCUUUUGGCCAUUUUGGUCCCUCAGGAGUGUUUCCAUGUCAGCGUGGAAGCAACGGAUGAUUUUGUCAGAACCAGAGGCAUUCACUUCAUGUUGAACGGAUACCCUUUCUAUGCAAAUGGCUUCAAUGCCUACUGGUUAAUGUACACAGCUUCUGACCCAUCUCAGAGAUACAAGGUUUCAAAUGCCUUCCGUGAAGCAACCAGUCAUGGCCUUACUGUUGCUAGAACUUGGGCAUUCAGUGAUGGUGGUUAUGGUGCCCUACAAUAUUCCCCUGGCUUCUAUAAUGAGCAAAUGUUCAGGGGGUUGGAUUUUGUAAUAUCUGAGGCCAGAAAGUACAGGAUUAAGCUCAUACUGAGCUUGGUGAACAACUAUGAAAAUUUUGGAGGAAAGAAGCAGUAUGUGAACUGGGCUAGAAGUCACGGGCAGUAUUUGACAUCAGACGAUGACUUCUUUAGGAGCCCUGUUGUUAAGGGUUACUACAUAAACCAUGUCAAGACUGUUCUUAACAGAUACAACAGUUUUACUGGCGUCCAUUACAAAGAUGAUCCAACAAUCAUGGCUUGGGAGUUAAUGAAUGAGCCUAGGUGCACCUCGGAUCCUUCAGGAAGGACUAUUCAGGUUUGGAUCAGGGAAAUGGCUUCUGUUGUAAAGUACAUAGACAGGAAUCACUUAUUAGAGGCUGGGCUAGAAGGGUUUUAUGGACAAUCAACACCACAAAGAAAGAGACUCAAUCCUGGUUUUGAUGUUGGCACAGACUUCAUCGCAAAUAACCGAAUCGCCAACAUUGAUUUUGCCACAGUUCACUGCUAUCCUGAUCAAUGGGUAUCAAGCUCAAGCGAGCAAUAUCAGGUUUCAUUUUUGAACAACUGGCUGAGCGCUCACUUCGCAGACGCGGAACGUGCUAUAAGGAAGCCAAUAAUGGUAGGAGAAUUUGGGAAAUCAUUUAAGGAUUCAGGUUACAGCACGUACCAGAGGGAUGAGGUGUUCAAUUCAGUGUACUACAAGAUAUAUUUGUCGGCGAAAAGAGGAGGAGCAGCGGGAGGAGCACUCUUCUGGCAGCUUCUGACGGAGGGCAUGGAGUCAUUCCAAGACGGCUACGGAAUAACGCUUGGCCAGAGUUCUUCUACGGCCAAUGUCAUUGCUCGUCAAUCUCACAAGCUCUUCCUCAUUCGGAAGAUCUUUGGGAGGCUCGCCGACGCGCGCCGAUGGAGGAGAGAGAGAGGGUUCUCCGCCUCCGGUGGAAACGGUCGCCGCCGCCACAGCCACAUUGGCAACUGAAAUUGGAACUACCGCACCUGUUGCUCAAUUAGUGUGUGAAAGUGAACCACACGUGCAGACAGUCAUAACUUGUUU